AUGAUCUCUGAGGGAUUUGUCGCGAACGGCGCUACGGUCUAUAUCUCGUCGCGGGAUGCCAAGGCCUGUGAAGCCGCGGUGAAUGAGCUCAACGCUCUUGGAAAGGGCAAGGCCCACUCCAUUCCCGCCAACUUCUACAAAGAGGAAGAUGUCAAGAAACUGGCCGAGGAGCUUGGCAAGCGCGAAAGCAGUAAGUCGAGACUCUCCGCUCGAGGGUGGUAG